GGGUCCUGGGGCGGAGGUCCAUUCAGGGGAGCUCCCAGACUGUCCGAGCUCAGACCCUGGCUGGGCGGAGGGACGGCGGCGGCGGCGGGAGGCGGAGGUAGUGCGGGCGGAGGAGGCGGGGCGGAGAAAGCAGGCAGGGUGAGAUGUUCCCGCAGGGUCUGGGUCCUCCUCGGCUCGCUGGUCCUGGUCUUCCUCACCUCGCUCUUCUUCUCCGUGUCGCUCCGUGGGGGCGUCGGCUUCAACUACCUGGAGCCGCCUGGGUGGGAGGAGUCGAGGCGGGUGAAGCUCGUCCCGAGCUACGCCGGCGCACACAGGCUGUCGCCGUCUGACGCGUCACAGCAGAAGACCUGCUCCUGCCCACGCUGCGUCGGAGACCCCGGGGUUUCUGAUUGGUUCGAUGAGAACUACGACCCGGAUAUCUCCCCGGUUUGGACCAGAGACAACAUCCAGCUGCCCUCUGAUGUCUACUACUGGUGGGUGAUGUUACAGCCCCAGUUUAAACCCCACAGCAUCCAGCAGGUGUUGCUGAGGUUGUUCCAGGUGAUUCCCGGAAGGUCGCCGUACGGCUCGUGGGAUCCAGGGCGCUGCCUGCGCUGCGCCGUGGUCGGGAACUCUGGAAACCUCCGCGGGGCCGGAUACGGGGCGACCAUCGAUGAACACAACUACAUCAUGAGGAUAAACCUGGCCCCCACGGUGGGCUACGAAGAAGACGCCGGCAGCCACACCACGCACCACUUCAUGUACCCGGAGAGCGCCAAGAACCUGGCAACCAACGUCAGCUUCGUCCUGGUUCCUUUCAAAACACUGGAUCUAGUCUGGAUCACCAGUGCUCUUUCCACAGGCCAGAUUCGAUUUACCUAUGCUCCAGUGAAGCAGUUCCUCCGUGUAGAUAAAGACAAGGUCCAGAUCUUCAACCCAGCGUUCUUUAAAUACAUCCACGACCACUGGACCCGACACCACGGCCGCUACCCGUCCACCGGCAUGCUGGUGCUGUUCUUCGCCCUGCACGUCUGUGAUGAGGUGAAUGUGUUUGGUUUCGGGGCAGACAGCCGGGGGAACUGGCACCACUACUGGGAGCAGAACCGCUACUCCGGAGAGUUCAGGAAGACCGGAGUCCACGACGCCGACUACGAAGCCCAGAUCAUCCAACGGCUAGCCAAGGCCGGCAAGAUCACUGUAUUCCCUGGGAAAUAACCAGCAAACCACCCUGUGUAUCUAAUGUUCCAGUGCUGCUACGGCAACAGACACUAUAGAGGCUGCUUAGAACGUGUUAGAUAUUCUUGCUUUCACUCGCCUGCACCAGUUUGGGUUCCCAGUUUAAAGUCAAACCAAAUGCUUACAGAAGGAGAUCGGGAGCAGUCGUUAAAUGGUACCAAACAAUGUUAUUCCAUUCACUUUAGCUUAUGUUGGAGGUCUGAUAGAAACAGAGAACAUGAAGAUAGUUCUUCAGGAGCUGAGCCUUAAGAUUGACUGAUUAACUGGUAAAUCAAUGUUUUACCUCUAAUGGACCGUGCAAGACCACUGAUCUGUUUCAACCCGCAGCUUCCACUCAGGAGGGAUAAAGACGUGAUGGCCACAAAUACGGACUUUGACCUCUAGACUCUCCAUGGAUGAGGGUCUAAACCUCAUCCAUUAACAAAAAUAUAGUACGCUACGUACUGAAGCAGCACCGUCAGCAUCCAGAGACUAUUGUCCUGCAGCCAAGGCAUGUCUGACAGGAACAAAGUGUGCAUAAACUUACAGUUUUUCCCCUUCUUAGCUGGAGACACUGCACUGUUGGCCUGCAAAACAAGACAGACUCACACUGUGGAGCUAUCAGACGCUAUUGUGCUGUUGAGACUUCAUUUUCCAUCUCGGACAGAAUCCUGAACCAU